CACUAGCUCAAGAAGAGUUAAGAACCUUUACACACUAAACGUUUGCAUUUCUGGUUUCCUGGUUCUCUUUUUUUCGAUUUAAACAUUAUUUUAUACUUCGAUUUAUGUUAUUUUAUACUUUAAAAGUUUAUAGCCAAGUUCAUAUUGUUCUUCUUCCUCCGAUUUUAAAUUCAUUAUUGCUUGAUGAAGGAAGAGAGUCUCUUCCCUUCCAUCAAAUAAUAAUAAUAAAUUUAAAAGUAUUUAUACUUAUAAAAGGUGAUGAAAAGGAAGGAUUGAAAGAUGAAAGCUUCGUUAACAUUGUUUUUAAUGUCGUUUUUAAUGAUGAAGAAGAGUUAUUUUUCUAUACCUUGUUCUUCCAUCAAUCCUGUGCAUUGUGAAUGCUUUGUAGCUGAGCUUCUUGAACCAGAAGAAGGCGUACACAUUAGUUGUCCCGAUAACAGGUCGUAUCUAAUAGAAUAUACCAUUAACGAUCUAAUAAAACUAGAAUGUCUGACUCCACAACCUCCUUACGCUCCUGCUCUUUUUAAAAAUAUGAAUACUACCGAAAUCGUCAGAUUUGAAUUCACUCGUUGCCCUCCACCAAAUAUAUCGUUUAAUGAAAUAUUAGAAGGAUACACAGUGAAUUCAUUAACGUUUAUUAGUAAUAAAAAUGGCAUAAAAUCUGAAAAUUUUGAAGGAUUGAACGAUCUGGUAACACUGAUUCUUCAACGUAAUUACAUUCCAUUCCUUUCUAAAGAUCUUUUUCAAAAUGUAAAACAAUUACAAGUCCUCCGUCUUAAUGAUAAUCGUAUCCAAAAACUGGAUGAGGAAUCAUUUAAUUAUCUUUUUAAUCUUACACAUUUAGAAAUAGGUGGAAAUCCAAUUAGAUUCCUUCCUGAGAAUGUGUUUUCUAAGCUUUACAAAUUAGAAGUCCUUCACUUGUAUAAAAUCCAAUUAAAGAAUUUAUCUAAAGAUAUUUUUAAAGAUCUUUCAGCAUUAAAGAUACUUGAUAUAUCAAGUAAUAAUUUAGAGAAAUUACCAGAUUCAAUAUUUGAUUCUCUUCUGAAUGUCGAGCAAAUAAAUUUAAAGAGGAAUAAGUUAAAAAGUCUUCCAGAAAAUUUGUUUAGAUCUACUAUGAAAUUAAAAAUAUUAGAUUUCGGUAGAAAUUCUGAAUUAGAUUUAUUGCCUGAAACUCUUUUAUUUGGAUUAAAGAAAUUAGAAAACAUCGCCAUGGAGAGCUGCAAUAUCAGUUAUAUACCAGAGUUAUUCUUUUCACAAGCUAAAGAAUUGAAGAUUAUUAAAAUUAACAACAAUAGAAUUUAUUCUUUAUCAGAUGUUUUGUUCCAAAAUAAUUCGAAUUUGCAAACGUUAUUCAUGAGUUACAAUUACUUAACAACGCUUCCAUCUGCAAUUUUCAAAAGGCUAUACAAUCUAGAAACAUUAGGAAUUUCUAAAAAUAAUCUUCAGCAUCUUCCUAGAAAUAUAUUCUGGGAUCUGAUAAGAUUGAAAACCAUCAACUUAUCUUACAAUAAUAUAACACAUUUAGAACAAGAUAUGUUUAAAAAUAUGCAAUCAUUAGAAACAUUUGAUAUAAGUAAUAAUAAAUUAACAAAAAUGUACGACUUUGGUGUACGUAAUUUAAAAAAAAUUAAUAUCUGUAAAAAUGAAUUAAGUGAAUUUCCUAAUUUUAAUUGGGGUAUUUAUUUAUAUUUGGAAGAUUUAAAUCUACAAUAUAAUAAAAUAACUUCAUUAUCGAUUCGUUCGUUACUUUCACAGAAAACAAUAAUCAGAUUGGGAUGGAAUAAUAUAUCUUACAUUGACAUUUCAGAACUGAAGAACAUUCGCAAGGUGUAUAAAAAUUUCAGCACUGAGAAAACGCCAUCUUUACCUGCUAAAUGGCUCUUCUUCCCCAAUCCUAUCUCGUGCGAUUGCCAUAUUUAUCCUUUUGUGUCUUUCAUUAGAGAUGUAGAAGUUUCUACAGAAACGGUUUUCUUGGCUAAGUUUGCUGAUUUUGACGAUCUAAAAUGUUCUCAGCCGGAACGAUUAAACGGAAACAAACUAUCUAAGCUUGGUUUCAAUGAUUUUAAAUGUGAAAUCACCGAAGAUUGCCCUUCGUACUGUAAUUGUUCGAUAAUUGCAAAAGAAAAAUUAUUAGUAAAUUGUAGCAAUCGAGGAUUAGAUAAGUUCCCAAAUUUUGCACCAUGGAAUACUUCUAUUCUUGAUCUAUCCGGUAAUCAUCUUACUAGUUUGGACGAUUUGAAAGAGGCAAUUUGGGAAAAUGUGACAGAAGUUCUUUUGGAUAACAAUAAUAUAAGUGUUCUCAAAGAUUGGAGUUUUCACAAAAACUUGGCGAAAUUGUAUCUAAACCGUAACUUAUUGAGAGUUCUGCCGUAUGGUUUUAUGGAUUACGCAGCCACCAAACCCACAUUUGAAAUAACUUUAGGAGAAAAUCCGUGGCAAUGCAACUGCGAAACUACAAAUUUUAAAGCGUGGCUUACGGAAAACUAUCGUAGAGUAAAAGACAUUAAUAAAGUUUAUUGCGAAAAUCAAAGAGACGAAAAUGGAACCAUGAAUGUAAUCAGAGUACCCGAUGAUAUCAUAUGUCCACCAGAUAAUUGGCCACACAAAAAACAAUUGAUCACCGUGACAGUCAUUGGUGUGUUAUUAGCAUUGUUACUAUUUGUCAUUUUAAUUCUUUAUUACAGAAACAGAAACACUGUGAUAGCUUACUUUUAUUUUCACUUUAAUUUUGUUUUCUUUUGUCUAUACAAUGAAGAUGAAUUAGAUGAAGAUAAACUAUUCGAUGCCUUUGUCUCUUAUAGUAGUAAUGAUCGUGAUAUUAUGAUGGCACUCUUGAACGAACUAGAAAAUAAAGAUCCAUCGUUUAAACUGUGCAUCCACGAAAGAGAUUGGAUGCCAGGAAAUUUAAUAAGUUUAAACAUUGUUAAUUCUGUUCAGUACAGUAGAAGAACUAUUUUAAUUUUAACACAAGAUUUCUUGGAAAGUGUAUGGUUUCAAGUAGAGUUUCAGACUGCUUAUCACCAAAUGUUAGAAGAUAAAGUAAAUCGAUUAAUUGUUAUCGUAAAAGGAGAUUUGCCACCGAAAGAGACUUUAGAUAAGAAUUUACAAGUGAUUUUAUCAACUAAAACAUAUUUAGUAUGGGGCGAAAGAUGGUUCUGGGAGAAAUUAAGAUAUGCCAUGCCUCACAAAAAGAAACCAUUGUCCAGCACCGAUCAUCGCAUUGUUCUUAGUACAAAAACUGCCAAUCCAGAUUUGUUAAAAUCUGUGGAAGACAAAAUGUCUAGUUUCAUAUAUCUACCGGACAGUAGGAACGUAGAGAUGAAAUGUGUCAAGUCUGAUCCUAAAAUGAUCGCACCGAGUCAAGCGGACAGUGGAAUUUAUUCAUUAGAAUCAAUUUCCACAGAAAAUAUCAUCUCUGAAUCGGAUGAUGUUUGAAUCUGUGAUAAACGUAAUGUAAAAAGUUCAAAAUUCUUAAGUUCAAAGUUCAGAUAAACGUGUACAAUACGAACAUUUCCAUCAAUGCCAGUAAAACGAAUGUUGUGUGUGUGUUUUUCAUUAAAUGUACAAUUCAUAAUUUAUGUUGAAUAUCUACCUCACAAUAAAAUCAUUUUUGUAUUAUUUCCAUAAAAAUAAAUGAA